AAGGACAAGCAGCGGCAGCAGCAUCAGCAGUGGAUGGAUACCUCGGAAUUCGUGCUUGAGGCCUUUAGGGUGUCGGUUGUAGAGAAGGUGGAAGUUGUGCCAGGCGAGCGACGGCCCCUUGUUGCAGGUGAGCACAUUCACAUUGAGCUGAUUGGGGACAGCAAGACCAACGCGAACAUCACGGAGGUCAUGGCCCGUGCCCACUUCCAGUACCUCGAUUCGGAGAUGAGUCGACGCGGGUGCAUCCUAUUGAUCAGAGCCAACUCCACUGGGAACCAGUCGCUGUCGGAGUUCACUUACAAAGACAUUAUGCAGAGACGGAUUGUGCUGGGGACCAAGACAUGCUUCAGCAAGUCCCCGCGAAGCAGAAUCAUAAGCGUCCUUCUGACGAUCCCCUCUCAAAUGCCCAUUUCAUUUAGCAUUCUGGUGAAGAUAAUCAGUGAAGCGGACACCACGCCUCGGCCAACGAUUGCGAUCGGCCAAGCGAUAUCGGUUAUUCCCUACGCUGAUAGCCGCCCUAAUCUCAAGCACAUCCAACUCCUCGACACCAGUGUUGAUCCCACCAAAGUGCACCUUUAUUCGCCCAGCAGGCGCUUUCAUUGGAAGCACAGCUGCAAUGCCACUGCCGCAGUCUUCUACUUCUUCAACAUCAUUUACGAGGACAUCAUUUAG